GAUUUUGUUUAGCAGCAGUUCGUUUGUUCGUAUAAUUGAAGUUCACCUGACUGUUGGCGCCAAACUGGUGAUGACUGGUGUUCUAAAUAAUGUGUCUCACGUUGGCAACGGGACUUCUAAUGCUUCUAUUAAAGCAGAAGUAGAAGACGACAUCCCUUUAUCUGAAAAGUUAAAGCGAAGUAGAAUGCAUUCAUCAUCUAGCGAUGACGAUGAUAUUCCUCUGUCUGCCAAAUUAGCCCAGAUGUCCAAAAAGCCAAAAUUGGAACCUCCAGUUUCUCCACAGCCUCGUAAUAAAAGCCAAGGUGACCAACGAAAAGAACAUUCAAAGCCAUCAAAUGAAAAGAUCAAAAAAGAAAAUACACUUAGUUCUCCCAGCAAAGUUAGAAAGCAUGAGAAACCUGAAGAGGAAGUUUGGAGGUGGUGGGAAGAGCAAAAGAAAGAUGAUGGUGUCAAAUGGAAAUUCUUAGAACAUAAAGGUCCACUUUUCGCCCCUCCUUAUGAACGCUUGCCUAGCUCUGUUCAUUUUCACUAUGAUUCUAAACCUAUCAAGUUAUCGGAUCAUGCAGAAGAAGUUGCAGGGUUUUACGCACGUAUGUUGGAUCAUGAUUAUACCACAAAGGAAGUGUUCAACCACAACUUCUUCCGUGAUUGGGUGAAAACAAUGAAUGAAGAAGAACGCCGAACCAUUAAAUCCCUUAGCAAAUGCGAUUUUCGCGAAAUGCAUCAAUAUUUUUUAAAGUUAAGUGAAGAAAGAAAAAACCGAACUAAGGAGGAGAAACAGAAAAUAAAGGAAGAAAACUUACAAAUUCAAAAUGAAUAUGGGUACUGCAUAUUGGACGGACACAAGCAAAGAAUCGGAAAUUUCCGUAUUGAACCUCCAGGCCUAUUUCGAGGCCGUGGCAACCACCCUAAAAUGGGCAUGUUAAAAAAGCGCAUUAUGCCUGAAGAUGUCAUCAUCAACUGCUCAAAAGACUCAAAAGUUCCUGCUCCUCCAAAAGGUCACAAGUGGAAAGAAGUAAGACAUGACAACAGUGUUACUUGGUUGGCAUGCUGGACUGAAAAUAUCCAAAAUAGUUUCAAAUACAUAAUGCUGAAUCCAUCCUCUCGUCUUAAGGUUAGUUAUACAUCGAGAUUAACACUUAUUUUCCAGGGUGAAAAAGAUUGGAAAAAGUACGAAACUGCUCGUUGCCUACACAAGGUAAUCGACAAAAUUAGAGCAGACUACCGAGCUGAUUUCAAACACAAAGAAAUGCGGAUACGCCAGCGGGCUGUUGCGCUAUAUUUCAUCGAUAAGUUGGCUCUUCGUGCUGGGAAUGAAAAGGACGAGGAUGAAGCUGAUACUGUCGGCUGCUGUUCACUUCGCUACGAACAUAUCAAACUUCAUGAAGAGUUGAACGGACAACCUUACGUUGUCGAAUUCGAUUUUUUAGGUAAAGAUUCUAUUCGCUAUCAAAAUGCUGUAUCUGUUCCUAAACGCGUCUUCAAAAAUGUCAAACUAUUUCUGAAGAACAAAAAAGAAAAUGACGACUUAUUUGAUCGACUUAAUACGAGUGUCCUGAAUCAGUAUUUACGAGAACUUAUGGAUGGUUUAACUGCUAAAGUAUUUCGUACGUACAACGCAAGUCGAACUUUGGAAGAGCAAUUGGAACGGCUUACUAAUCCUGAUGAUCCUCCUCAUGCUAAACUUCUGGCAUAUAAUCGAGCAAAUCGAGCAGUUGCUGUUCUCUGUAACCAUCAGCGUUCAGUUCCGAAAUCUUUUGCAAAAUCAAUGGAGAAUUUACAGAAAAAAGUAGGUACAAUCUGUCCAAGUUAUACCGAUAAGUCAGUUUUAAAACGACAACCGAAAAGUUAUUUAUAAAUUUUGUAACUAGCCUGUCAUUGCUAAAAACUUUUUCCGUGUGCUUACUAUCUUUUCAGUAUUCAAAUUACACUGACUUUAUAAGUGUAUACAACCUUAAUUUUAAACCUAUAACAUUAACAUAUCUCUUACCUAGAUUUGAUCAGCAUCAAAAAUGGGAAGUUAAUCCUGUUAGUUCACACUAAGCAAUUAUAAAAUGUCUAUUCAACAGCCUUUUUUAAUGCGCUUUAAUAGUGGUGCUUAUGGUAUUCUUCCUUCCAUCUAACAAAGCCUGUUAGUGAAGUGUGAGCUAAACUAAACUUGUGUUUUUUCUUUGCACCAUCAGAGGGAUGUUGACAUUUAAUUGGGUAACAUAUUUACAAAUUCCAACACUAACCCUUUAAUUUCCGAUACCAGAUACUAACUUUCCAAGAAAUUGAAGUGUCCAAGACAAGAUGCAUAUUUCUAGUGACAGUAUCCUAUAACCGAAGUUGAAUUUGAAUGGAAAAUACAUCACACAGUAGUCGGUUCAAGUUAUUAAUUGAUUACGCACCUGUCAUUUUAGUUCGACUCAAAAUACCUCCUUAUUGUUUAUUUUAUUUUUCCACAUUCAUUCUCUUAUUUUCCUGAAGUUUAUUUUUUUAAAAAAUAUGCAAUUUUCUGGUAAAUCCCAAUUUAUUGUUUGACAAAAUAUUUAAAUUGUCAUGCACAAACAUGAGCGGUCUAAAAAAGGUCAGAUUUGUUAGUGCCUUGCUUACAUUCUCGAGAUGUUGGAGUUUAAUAUCUGUAAGCGAAAUCCCUUUGCCUUGUUUCUAAACGAUUGUCACCCAGUUUGCCCUGUAUUCCUUUACUUAAUACAACAAACAGAUGAAAACUUUAUCAUCUACUGGUGAUAUUCAUAUUGCUUUUACCGUUCAGCUUUGUAAAUUUAACAGUCACGGUUUACUGUUGCGUCCAGUACAUAUGCCCUACAUUUUUAUGGGUUAAGGGAAGUAUGACACUACUAAAAUGCUCAUUUUUUAAAGAUUAACAAAGUAUUGCCUUGUACAGCAUAAUUUUAUGUGACAGGUAACUGGAAAAGAUAUCUGGCGAUAAGUGUUCAGUUAAAAUCAUACAUGCUGUUCACCGUUCCAACAGAAAUAGGUGUUAGGGCCUGGUAAACAAAUUCCUAAGUGUCUUCUGUCUGCUUUUGUUUACCUAUACUUUAUUUGUUAGCAAGGUUUUUUUCAUUUGACAAUGAGUUCAUAGUUUGUGGUGAAUGUUAGAUAGUACUACAAUCAUUACUACAUAAGCAUCAUUUUAUUAUUAGUGUUUUUUCAUUGUGGUAGAUCAGGAAAAUAAAAACUUGUUUACUAUAUAUUUCGUUUCGAUCCUUUUCAAAAUUUAUACGUAUCUAAAUCUGUGUUUGCACUGAUUUCAUAUUUUGAAGGUUCAAAUACCGUACAAUUCCUCAUCUUAUAUUGCAGAUCGAUGCAAAACGUGAGCAAAUUUCGGAAAUAACUUCUGAAGCUAAACAAAUAAAAGCAGAUUACAAAAAUCACAAACAAGCAUCCAAGAAGGUCGCUUAUGAAAAGCUGAAGAAACGCCUAGCAUCUGCUAAAGAGGCUUUAUCAAAAUUGCAGCUUCAAGCAACUGAUCGAGAUGAAAAUAAAGAGAUCGCUCUCAGUACAAGUAAACUGAACUACCUCGAUCCUCGGAUUUCAGUUGCUUGGUAAGAUGUGUUGUAUUGGUCUAGCAGGAUAUCAUUCAUUCAAAAGAUCAUAUUCCUUAUGGCUAUAUGUAUAUAUAAGCCUCUUCACAAUUUUCAGCUUCGUUUGACUCCUGGAAAAUGACGCUAGUGGUCAUUCAAAGCACCCACCAAGAAAUUAUUGUUGGUGACUCGUUCGCAAAUCCACCACAUUUAAUGCUCAAAUUAAAGCUCAAGUUUUCAUUUGCGUUUAUCAUAUUUUUAAAUGUUUGCUUAGGGUCAUUAACUAGUUUCUCUAUGUGAAAUUUUCCUCCAGAAUUUCGACACCGUUUAGAUUAUUUAGUAGAAAUAUUGAAAUUGCGGAACAAACUUCUCAUCCUACUUCAAUUCAAUACAUUCAUCAUUCGUUCCAGAUCAUACCUACUAAACAGUAACAAAGAAAUAAGUACACGAGCUUAAAACAUUCCACAUAAUUUAAAUAUAUAGUGGAUGUCAUUUGUGGAAUAGGUUGGAGAACGUCAAACAAGUUUUCUGUAUUCCCGUUAACAAUGGACUGUCCAGGAGCUGAUUCUAGACAAAAGUGUAAAAAAGUAAAUCUUAAACUCAGAACUAUUUAGUUCUUAUCUACGAGGUCAGUCGUAAUUGUUUCGCCUCAUGUAUUUUCGCUUUAGGUUUCUUAUCAUUUCUACAUAUAUGGCGAGUUGAUACCUUCGUGGCACCAUAUUUUUCAAAUACGAUGUCAUUAGUUAUUGUUAUAGGUUCACCAGAAAACAACUAAUAAUUUCGUCAUGCUAUAUAUAAAAAUGUCCAACACUAAGCAGUCUAAGGUCGAAAUCCUUUCACAUGUUUUUUUAUUCUCUCAUGUUUCAUGGCUAAUAAGAACAUCAGUAAUACAACUCGUUUGGCCUAUCAUUUGAAAAAAUAAGCGAUCAAAUAAUCAUAGGUAAAUAAUUUCUAAAUUCUAGGCUUGUCCUCCAAGCGGUAGAUGUUUGUUUUUCUGAAUAUGAAGUUAGACCACUAUUGUUAUAGCCUGUUGUUUAUACAAAUAUCACCCAAACUGUAGACCAUAAAGAAAAUACAUUGUGUUAUAUUAUUACAACCAAUUAUCCCAAUUUCAAUUUUCUCGGUUCCAAUCAGCUCCACAUGUGUUGAUCUUUGUUUUUGCUAGUUAUCUAUUUUCAAGUCGCAAUUAUUUUGUAUUCCUUUUAAAAAGGUGUAAAAAGUAUAACGUUCCUAUUGAGAAAAUUUUUAAUAGAACUCAAAGAGAAAAAUUCCAAUGGGCAAUAGAUAUGGCUACAUGUGACUACAAGUUUUUAGACGUUGAUUCAGAUAGAAGUACAAAUAAACUCAAGGCUGAAGAAAGUGAUGAUGAAGAUAUGAUUGACGACGAAGACUGAACAAGAAAAGAAAAUACUUCCAUACAAUGUUUUCAACAUUAGUCUAUUUCAUAAUCUUGAUUGUAUGAUUAUGUUGAAGUUGUUAACUAGUUCUACUCUAAUAUGAGUAAUCUCCACGUGUAUUUUUGUCAGGUCACAAAACUCCACUGUAAUUUUAUCCUGAAGCGUUUACGGCACAUUUGUGUCAUCUUAUGUUUUUUGUACUAAAUUGUCUCUUCUAAACUCUCAUCAAGUAUACUGGAAACCUUUUCAACAAAUCCAGACGAAUUUGCUUUCUUGAUAACCGUGUAGGAAUUUUGCAUUGUUAUACUUAGUAUAUUAUGAUGUUAUAGUGGCAAUAUAUACAACUAAUUAAUAAUAAAUACUUGCAGCAAUAGCUAUCUUUCUCUAUUCUUUGUGUAUGAAUAUAAUGUAUUUUCACAAAAAAUGAGUUUAUCAUGCCUUCAAAUCUUUAAAUGAAAUACCUUUUACGACUCUGAAGGUAAUUAUUUCACUUCAGGAUUUCUAUUACUUUCCCGUUUUUCUUGUAUUAGCUUUAUCAUGCAUUCAAUUAUUGUGUGGGAUCUAUGUACGUAUAAUUUAAUGUGAAGCCACAUUAUCUUUACUCGAUCAUUUGUGUUUUUAUGUACUUACUUAUUACUGAUUUUUCAUGAUAGUUCAUUUACGGAAACCUUGGUGUUAUUACAGUAAUGAAUUUGUUGUAUUCAUUUCGAAUAUACUGUUCAUGUGAUAACCUGUU